AUCUUGAAAGCCAUCCAGCUUCCAUAUAGAUACAAGAAUCUUGGAAGCUUAAGUUGACCUUGGUAUGUGAGCAAAAAAAACUAUCUAAGCAGUCUGUCUGACUGUCUGACAACUUUCAGCUGGGUACAUGCGCGUAAUCUAACACGCGCAUACUUACCCAAUGGGGUUUCUCACAAUGCUCCUCCAUACAUAUGCAUGGGUGAAACAGAUCGAUGCCAUGGUUCCUCAGUACAUCCUUCUUGCUUCAGCCAUCCUUCAGCCUCCACUGAAUUUUUGAUUUCUGUCUUUUUAUAACUGUGCGAUCGCUAUCCGGCAUCCAAAGCUAUAGAAUAUGCAAGUUCAAGGAGUUUGUUACACCCAUCUCGUGGCACAGUCGUCGCAUGUUAUCAUCUAUGAAUUACCUUUUCUUUUUGCCAUUGCUGACCCCCAACGCCAUUACCGACAACAAAUAUUUCCAAACAAUUUACAGGUUUCAUUGAUUCAUUCUUUUUGCCAUAGAGGACAAUAUGUCCACCAUGAAGUAUGGCAUGAGCGCUAUCAAUUGUACCAGGUUUCCAGCUCUCGAGACAAAUCCAGAUAUCUCGGGCAUUGGAGUAUGUUCUUUCUACCAACGGCUUCUUCUCAGAUACUAAAUAAUCAGGUCAUCGUUGCAUUCCUUGGAUCCGCCUACCUGACUGCGAUAUGUUGUAUUUCGAAGGCGGUGGUUGACUACAAAAGAGUAUUCAGAGUUGGUUACAACAAUUCUCUCAUGAACCGGUGGUCGCAUGCUUUAGAAAUCGUUAUCAUUGGACUGAGCGACCAACAAAUUAUUACCGGGCUUUCAGUUAUUGUAGGAGGCCUGACGCAGCUUGGCUGGGGUCUGGAAACUUUUCACUUCCAAACGAUUGGAAGUCUAGCCUGGUUUUCAGCCAUCGCUCACCUCUUUACGCUUACAAUAUUGCGGGAUGAGCUGCGUUCAACAAAACUGCUUCGAUACUUCCGUCUGUCUGGAAUGGGGUUGCUUGCCAUCAUGCUCAUCUGUAUCUCGGUACCCAUGGGCUAUGUUACAUCACCGAAUUUUGUAGCGAGCAAUCUUCCUGCUUGGUGUCUUUAUCAUCCAAAAUUUCCAUGGGGGUAUCAUGACUUCGACCACCCACAGGACCCUUCUUACCUGCAGACAUACAAGGAAUUCAAUUGGGUGUACGUUACUUUUACUUUGGGCCUCUUGGUGUAUACCUUCUGUACUAGAGCCGUCAUUUUAUGCAAAAAGAAUGCAGAUUCUCAUGCUAUCUUUCGUCUGCCACCAGGUCAGCCCUGGGUGUGGAUCGAAAAAAUCAUUUCAAGGUUUCAUGGGCGAAGUACGAGAAGGACAGUCAUAGUUCGAAUCGGACGAAGCGCAUGUUACAAAGCCCUUAGAGCAAACUAUUGCUUGCUAGUUGUGGCACACGAACUCUAUCGCUCUAGGAUAUGGGAGGUAAGAGUUGUUUUCUUCUUUACGGUGUGCAUAAUUGCUCCCUAAACUACAUCUUGAACCCUUAAGUCUGUUAGCAGAUCACAUCUCCUUUAUCGGAAUCCUCAAAUGGAACGAGAUAAAUAUUAUGCCGCACAAAGAGCCGCAUUUCUACCACCUCGUCUAUAACAAUCAUUGCUAACCAAUAUAGAUCACUUGGAUAUCAACUUCUAUCCUUUGGGGCACAGUCCGAAUUUUCUCCCACCGCUAUUUUCACUACUACCUAGAUCAACAGGAACAAGAUCACUGGAGUUUUGGGCAGGUCAUGCCUAUAGGAUUAUUGAUGUUACCCUUAGCCAACUUUUGCGGUCUGUCUAUGUCAUAUUAACUGGUAACAUAUAUACUAAGUUUCACUCAGGUGUGUUGUUCUCCCAAAAGUCGCCGGUGUCUAGCAUACCUACGAAUAUAAUGGAGUCACAGUGGACCAUACUUGGCAGCCCUUACUUCCACCACACCGAAACCCAUCUCAAUCACAGCCAACCUAUCACAAUCCUGAGGUCUGGGAUCUAUGCAAACAAAUGGUAUCCCAAAAUGCUCUGGCUCUGUUACUUUUUCAGUCUCGAGCAAAUCGCUAUCCUCAUGUUUUGGUUCACGCCAGACAUUCUAAUAAGUAGGGUCACAACCCCGCGUACCUUGGCAAACCGUGGGACAGAGAUUCUGGUCUUGGGCCUCUUUUUAUUGUUGUUUCUGUGGCUGAAUGCUAUCAUUUGUAUGGACGAGCAUGUUUACUGGUGGUGGAGUAAACUAGGGAUAAGCAAGUGGAAUUUAGGCAAGAAAGCCUCGGCUGUACUAUCAAUCUUUUUCUUCGUUAUCUUUCUGGGCCUUUAUGCCGGUGCUAUCAUUGUAUUACUUCUUUACCUGGACAUAGGGUGGUAUUUGUUGAGAGAUAGGCUAGGCUAGUACAUGUUGUGCUAACAAUUGUUUGCUACUUAUGCUCACGCCCCUCAAUCUUCCCCGAUCUCACUUCUCUUUUCCUUAUGACAGCUACGGGCUCUUCCUUCUCUUUUUCUUACGACAGCGACAGUAAGGAUACGAUAGUAAAGAUGUAGCGACAGUAGGUGGCGAGUUUAUAUAACUAGGCCCAUAUUUCAAGUACCUAGGGGGGGGGAUAGGGGUAUAGACACUCUAGCAUAGUAAUAGUAGUAAAUAUAUAACUUUUGCGAUUUGUGAUUUGAGAUUUACUUUAUUUAGCCUUUUAGUACAUUCAGGAUGUCGUACAUGCACAAAAUAUCGUUCUAGCUUACCAAGAGCAACAAAAAGACUUCUACGUCAACACGUGAUAGCUCAUGGAUUGAAGCUCUUUUCUCUCUCUCACUCUCUAGUGUUCAACAAGGACAAAUAAGAAAACCUAAGCCUGCGAAGAAAUCAGCUAUUUACUAAAUUUGGGAAGAGUCAGUAUUAAGUUUACCACUUUCGCAAUUUUAGCAGUGCUGAACGUCAUAAACACAAAUUCUUGGUGAAUUUCAGGAAAUGAAGGACAUUCAACGUCACAGCUGGCUAGUGAAGUGCACCUGUGUCCAUAGAGCCUUGGGUGUCUCCCUCAUUCACAAGAAAAACAACCUUAUUCACAAGCACAAUAACCUCACAGACAGGAACAAGGACAAACAUCUUUCGCUAGCCAGGCUAGCUAGCGAAGACCUCUCUAGGUCAUAUAAGUAUCAAAGACCUCUCAAGGUAUUUCAACCUAUCCUCAUUCUCCAUCCAUACCACUCCAUUUUCUGCAUUCUGUAGAAUUCUCAAACCAUCAAGCAACUAACAAAAUGCGUUUCCAAACCUUUUUCCUAUUUGCGCUGGUCUUAUUUUUUGGAGUCAAGGUUCAAGGUCUCCCAAUCAGCACUAUUGCCGGUGGCACUGAGGGGCCAUCAGCCUUGCCAUCCCCUUUCAAGCAGACAGCAGCGUAGAGUUCAUCAAAUACCAUCGCCUCUGCCCCUACACCUCCGCCAACUAUCGUCAAUGAGCCAACACCAACCCUUGUCAACUUUUCCCAAUUUGCGAAAAGGAGAGGUGCCGGUCCCACUGGUUCCGACGAUUCUGAACCAGACAUCUAUCUCAAACCAUGGCAAACAGUCCUCAUCGCCAUUGUUGCAGCCAUCGUUACGUUGCUAAUUGUCGGUUUCGCGGUUCACUAUGGGGGUUGUUGUUGGUGUUUUUCCGGAAAGAGAAGUUCCACAUGA